CAGCCGCCGCCGGGGCAGUCGGAGGCGGCGGCGGCGCCAUGGGCGGCCUGGCCUCCGGGGGGGACGUGGAGCCGGGACUGCCCGUCGAGGUGCGCGGCUCCAACGGGGCCUUCUACAAGGGCUUUGUGAAGGAUGUCCAUGAAGACUCUGUCACCAUCUUCUUUGAAAACAACUGGCAGAGUGAGAGACAGAUUCCCUUUGGGGACGUCCGGCUACCGCCUCCAGCUGACUAUAAUAAAGAGAUCACAGAAGGGGAUGAGGUUGAGGUUUAUUCUCGAGCCAACGAACAGGAACCUUGCGGCUGGUGGCUGGCCAGGGUGCGGAUGAUGAAGGGAGAUUUCUAUGUCAUCGAAUAUGCUGCCUGUGAUGCCACUUACAAUGAGAUUGUCACCCUGGAGCGGCUCCGGCCAGUCAAUCCCAAUCCUCUUGCAACCAAAGGCAGCUUCUUCAAAGUGACCAUGGCCGUGCCUGAGGAUCUGAGAGAGGCCUGCUCAAAUGAAAACGUCCAUAAAGAGUUCAAGAAAGCGCUGGGAGCGAACUGCAUCUUUCUCAACAUCACAAAUAGUGAGCUCUUCAUUCUGUCAACCACAGAGGCUCCCGUGAAGCGGGCGUCCCUGUUGGGUGAUAUGCAUUUUCGAAGCCUGCGCACCAAACUGCUACUCAUGUCCCGCAACGAAGAAGCUACCAAACACCUAGAGACAAGUAAGCAGCUGGCGGCAGCCUUCCAGGAGGAGUUCACGGUGCGAGAGGACCUGAUGGGACUGGCGAUUGGGACUCACGGUGCCAACAUCCAGCAGGCCCGAAAAGUACCUGGGGUGACCGCCAUUGAGUUGGGUGAAGAGACCUGCACUUUCCGCAUCUAUGGGGAGACUCCUGAGGCGUGCCGACAGGCCCGAAGCUACCUGGAGUUUUCUGAGGACUCCGUGCAAGUGCCCAGGAACCUUGUUGGCAAAGUGAUUGGGAAGAACGGGAAAGUGAUCCAGGAGAUUGUGGAUAAAUCUGGUGUGGUGAGGGUUCGCGUAGAAGGUGACAAUGACAAGAAGAACCCCAGGGAGGAGGGCAUGGUUCCCUUCAUAUUUGUCGGCACCCGGGAGAAUAUCAGUAAUGCCCAGGCUCUGCUGGAAUAUCAUCUCUCCUACCUUCAGGAGGUGGAGCAGCUUCGCUUGGAGAGGCUGCAGAUUGACGAACAGCUUCGCCAGAUCGGGCUGGGCUUCCGCCCUCCCGGGAGCGGGCGCGGCAGCGGCGGCAGUGACAAGGCUGGCUAUACCACGGAUGAGAGCUCCUCCUCUUCCCUCCACACCACCCGAACCUACGGGGGCAGCUAUGGGGGCCGCGGCCGCGGCCGGAGGACGGGCGGUCCCGCCUACGGCCCCAGCUCAGACCCAUCCACAGCUUCUGAGACUGAGUCCGAGAAGAGGGAGGAGCCCAACAGAGCUGGGCCUGGUGACCGGGACCCCCCAACCCGGGGGGAAGAAAGCCGGAGGCGGCCGGUUGGGGGCCGGGGUAGGGGGCCCCCACCUGCCCCCCGGCCCACCACAAGAUACAACGCUUCGUCUAUUAGCUCAGUGCUGAAAGAUCCAGACAGUAACCCCUACAGCCUACUGGACACGUCUGAACCAGAGCCCCCGGUUGAUUCAGAGCCCGGGGAACCCCCCCCAGCAAGCGCCAGGCGCCGCCGCUCCCGCCGCCGCCGCACCGACGACGACAGGACUGUCAUGGACGGAGGCCUGGAAUCGGACGGGCCCAGCAUGACGGAGAAUGGCCUGGAAGACGAGUCAAGACCCCAGCGUCGGAACCGGAGCCGCCGUCGCCGUAACCGUGGGAACAGGACCGAUGGCUCCAUCAGUGGAGACCGGCAGCCAGUGACUGUGGCUGACUACAUCUCCCGAGCAGAGUCUCAGAGCCGCCAGCGGCCGCCCCUGGAACGCACUAAACCCUCCGAGGACUCUCUUUCAGGACAGAAGGGCGACUCUGUCAGCAAGCUUCCUAAGGGCCCCUCAGAGAACGGGGAGCUCUCCGCCCCCCUGGAGUUGGGUAGUUUGGUGAAUGGGGUUUCAUAAAACCUCCAGCCCGCAUCCCUCCCUUCUCCAUCUCGCUUGCUGCCCAACACCAUGGCCUCACAGGCCCGACUGACCUGCGCUGGAGCUGCUCUUAUCUAGGGGGGAGGGGGGUGGCACAGCAGCUUGGGUCCCCCCUCAACCUCCAGGAGCUCAUGGAGGGGUGUGUAACAGGGUCAUACCCCCCUCCCUCUUGUCCACCCUUACCCCCAGGGUGAGGGGAGCCUCUCUCCUUCCCCAUCAGACUGGAUGUGCCUUUAUCCUCCAAUGCCCCGAUCUC